CAGGAUACCUGUUGCUGCUGCUGAUCGUGACCUGCUCUGCCCUGGAAAAAUGCAUGAACGACACAGAUGUUUUUCUCCAGGAACUCAACCAGGACAAACCAAAAGAUUUUGCCGUUGUCAUGUAUGAUUCAUUCGGAAAGAUGGGAAGUGGAGUUGUCGGAGGCAACGUCAACCAACCUGGUUCACUACAUGAAUGCCUUUCUGUCCAAACUGCAUCUUUCUCUGGACAAUACUGCCAAGUAUUUAUUUCUCAGGGCAGAGCUGUUCACUUUGUGGGGAUCUGUGUUCCUGACUCCUGCAGUAAAACACAGGUUCACAAGAUGGUGCUACGGGGUAAACUGAAAUUCCAUAACACUCCUCUCAUCCCUCCUUUGCCUCCGCUAUUGGUGAAUAACUCUCUUCGGAGGGUGCUAUGGACAACAUGUCUGCCCAGAACUGUAACUCCAGAUGCCUCGGGUAUCGCAUGUCUGGUCCUUUGUUGUGUGAUAGUAGCACUUCCUCUUGCUGCAACACUUGUGACUGCUGUGAAGAUUUGGCGCAGGAGCAGGCAAGUGCCUCCAACAGAGGAACCCUCCGCUCUGUCCAUGGUGCAAAACGGAGACCUCAACAGUUUCUCAUAUUCUGACAUGAAUGCUCAUCGCUUAAAGGAAAAUGACCAGGGCAAUAAAAGUCAGCAUCGGUUCCUCAGUCGUUGCUUGCAGCAGUUCCUUCAGGCCUUCUCUCUACAGACAACAACAAAAGGAGUCCUCAGCACCUCGACAUCUGUCAAGGGCACUUACCUUUCCCUCAAUGGCAUUCGAGCAUUGAGCAUGUUGUGGAUCAUUUCUGGCCAUAAUGUGCAACUGACAACAGUUUCUAUUGAUAACAUCAACAGCCUGCAAGCAUCUCUGGAAACAAAUCCCCUGCAUAUCUUUACCAUCCAAGGGGGGAUAUACCUGGCUGUGGACGCGUUUCUGCUUUUGGGGGGUUUGUUAAGUGCCAAAAGUCUCCUGAGCUCAAUCCAGAGGAACGGUGACACCAUGAGUCCACGUCUUGUGGCAGAUUACUUCUUUAAAAGGCUCAGAAGGGUACAACCGCUCCACAUGUUUGCGAUGCUACUUUUCAUAGCUGUUACAUCAUUCUUCAAUGGAGGACCUUACUGGGAGAAAGCAAAAGCAUCGGGGCUGGAAUGUCACCAGUACUGGUGGACAAACGUGCUGUUGAUCAACAAUCUAUUUGCUAAAGAUUUACGUUGCCUAUCUUGGACAUGGUACCUCUCGCUUGACUUCCAGUGCUUUGCCAUAACUCCUCUGCUGAUUCUUGCCCACAGAAAGAACAAAGUCGUAUUCGCCAUUUUAGUUGUUGCCCUGCUGCUGAUGACCAUUUUGACAAAUUCUAUUUUGGCACCUUUUUCUCGAAAUUGGGACGAUUACAUCAACUUGAGUUACAUGAAACCUUACUCCAGAUAUGGAUCAUUUUUGGUCGGUGUCUUGUUUGGAAUGUUCCUGAAAGAGAAGAAGGAAAAGAUUUUGAAGAAAAAGUGGCAAGUGGCUCUUGGGUGGAUUGCAUCGUUGUCACUCCUGGCUCUGGUUGUGGGAUUGAGUUACCCCCUCAAAUAUGUACCAGGCCAUAUAUCAGUACUACAUGCCAUUUACCAGGGACUUCACAGAAUAAUCUGGACGACGGCUAUUACCUGGGUGAUAUUAGCCUGUGAGGAGGGCUACGGAGGUUACAUCAUGAGUCUCCUCUCGCUGAAGUUCUGGGUUCCUUUUUCCAACCUCAGCUACGCCUGCUACCUCAUUCAUCCCUUCAUUAUUUUAAUGUACAUUGGCCUACAAGAAACCCCGACCCACUAUGUACACAUCAACUUUAUGUAUUCGUUCCUUGGUCACACAGCGCUCACCAUUGUCCUCAGCUAUGUUAUGACUGUGCUGGUGGAGAGGCCUUUCAUUCUUCUGAAGUGGAAGUGAAAAUAAAACAUCACCGAAGGAGUCAACGAUACUUUUCACAACGUCCACAUCCAUGUUUAAACAACCUUUCCAAGUGCUAGUCUCUUCCUUUUUACUUUUCAUUGUGAUCAUUAUUAUUUUCAAAAUUACAUUGCUCUCACCUUGAAUCCACUCACCACUGUCUCACUGUCUUCAUACAUGUUGUCGUGAAAAUGAGGGGAAAGGCCUGCAUCUAGUGACGUGACUAUUACAUAGUAAUUAACCUUGAAAAAGAGCCAUCCAUCCUCAUCCAAUUAUCUGUUGCCGUGUUACAGCUUCAGAAGGUCGGUCCCGCCUUCUCCCAGGCAACAUCCACUAGUUCCAACUGCGGGUUCCUAUGAUACAGCCAGGCCAGUGAAGAGAUAUACUCCAAAUUACUAUUUGUUGCAUAUGCAUAAACAGCAGUCAGAGUUUUUCCUCCUUUAGGCCUAAGCCGCAACAACACACAACAACAACACAGCUGGGUUCCAGAACCUGGGUUCCUAUAUAUAUAUAUAUAUAUAUAUAUAUAUAUAUAUAUAUAUAAAGAGAGAGAGAGAGAGAGAGAGAGAGAGAGCCUAGUCUGCCAAGAAUGGUCUUCAACUUUUGGAUAGUCUUGAAGGAAAAGUUGUCCAAGACCUCCAUCUUUCCACUUAUGGGACAGCUGAUAAGAGUUUCCGUGUUUUGGAGAAUUGUUUUGGAAAUAAGUGACCUAUGACCCAGGCCUAAUUUUUAGAAUCAGUACUUCACAAAUUUGUACACGAAUUGAAGUUCAAAGUUAUGCACAUUUUUUUAAU